AAAAAAACGGAACACAAAAUUCCACAUCAAAAUUAUCGAGUCACAGAACAAUUUGUGAAUUAAUUGAAAAAUUGAAUAUCUAAAAACAUCGAACAACCCAAAAAACAAAUAUAAUACAGUAUUGAGAACUUGAGUCAAGCUAGCUGAUAAAGCGAACGACAACUUUUGGUCUCACUGUCUGUUAUCAGAUUAUAAAUUUGAACUCAACUCACAACAAACAAAACACACACAUCUAAUCAACAAAUAACAACAAUAGUGAAAGUCAAUUCAAAAAAAAGCGAAAAAAAAGAAAAGCGACAGCGAAAAAAAUCAAGCCGAAACCGAAGCGGAAUCAGAGCCAGAGCCAGAGAUAGAAGAAAUGUCGGAGCACCAGGAUAUUACGCCGCCGGUCACCGAGGAGCAGGAGGGGCCAAGCAGCAGCAAUAGCAGCAGCAGCGCUCCAAUUGCCAACGCUGCCACUGCGGCGACUUCUCGUCAAGGCUCCGAUGCGGCCAACGAUCAGGAGCGCGACAGGGAUAGAGAGUCGCAUGCCGACAGAUCAACGCACAAGGAUGAUUUCGGCACACAGCGGGUGUACAAGAAGACCUCACCGAAUUGUGUGCUCACCUUGUAUUUACCGACACGUGAGAUAACCCUGACCGGCAACAAUCCAUCGGUGCUACGUGGCAUUGUCUUUGUCGACCCGAAGGCCAUCCAAGGAUAUCGUGUCUAUGCUCAGCUAACGCUAACAUUUCGCUAUGGCCGCGAGGACGAGGAGGUGAUGGGCCUGCGAUUCUGCAAUGAGGCCAUCAUGUCGCUGCACCAGAUCUGGCCACGAUUGGAGGAGCCAUCGCGUGAAUCUCUCAGUCCACUGCAGGAGGCAUUGCUGAAGCGUCUAGGCGAUGGCGCCCAUCCGUUCACCCUUUCGCUGACCGCCCAAGCGCCACCAAGUGUCCAACUGGUGCCGGCCAAACGUUACUAUGGAGCUCCCAUUGGCACCAGCUAUGAUGUCCGUUGCUUCAUUGCUGACAAAACCGAUGAGAAGUUCCAUCGUCGCGCCUCGGUUAAGAUGGGAGUACGCGUUAUCUAUCGCACCGAUGUCUUUCAUCAUCAGGCUCCGGAGCAAUAUGCCGCCUAUGCCGGACAACACAGCGCUGGGGCAGCGCAAUCGCCUCCGGCCAGUGCCACGCCCCCAUCGAGCAGCGAUGCUCACGCCCACGAUGCGGCACCCAGCAGCGCUGGCAGCGGAAGCGGUGGCGGUGGCUGUGGCAAGUCCAAAUCCAAAUCGGAACGCGGCGAUUCGUUCCCCAAGCUGCGAUUGUCACCAAAAUCGUUUAGGUUCAGCGGUCGCUUUGGCCGCAGCAAGAGCGAGAUCGAAAAGUGUCCCAAUGAUCCUUUUCAUUGCUACAGCAAGUCCUUUCAGGAGCACUGCGACAACACUGGCAGCGGCAUGCUGCCACCGCAUAGUAAUGCCGGAGUCACAGGUGGCAUUGGGGGCAUCAGCGUUGGCCCUUGCGGCGGACCACAGGGAUCGGUGGAUAAACCGUUUCUGCUGCACGACGGUCGUGUGGGCUUAAAGGCCAGCCUCGACAAGGGUUGGUACACACACGGCGAGGAUGUUAACGUAACCAUCAACAUACGCAACGAUAGCCGCAAGACGGUGCGCAAAGUGCGGAUUUGCGCCAUUCAGCACGUGGAUGUUUGCAUGUUCAACAAUGGCAAAUUCAAGAAUGUCGUCGCCGAUUCCGACACCAUUUCACCCCCGGUGGAUCGCACCGUGCCACCCGGCGGCACCUUGAACACCACCGUCUCGCUGCGUCCGCAACGUGGCCCCACCAAGAACUGGAUUGCACUCGAGGAUACACUGCAACGCAGCACUGAACCGGAUGAAAUCACCGGUGCCAUUGCCGCAUCGGCCAUACGCUCGCCGAACUUUGUCAUGCAGGCUGCCCAACUGCUUGCCGGUCAUCCGCUGGCCAGUCCAGCCAUGGCCUUGCCCCAGAUGCCACAAUCGGCUGGAAGUGUUGGCGGCUCUGGCAAUGCUGCAAGUGGAGCUGCCGCUUCCGCUGCUACUGCUGCUGCUGCUGCUGCAUCGACUGCUGGCAAUGUUGGUGCGGGAUUUGUGGAUGAUCGCAAUGUUUUUGCCAUCUAUGUCUCAUACUAUGUGAAGGUGAAGCUCACGCUUAGCGGCAUGGGUGGCGAACUGUCGCUGAAGCUGCCCUUUGUGCUCGUCCACGUGGAUGAGACGCAGCGUCCCGGCUACAAUGGCACCACAGCGAACGCCUCCCACACACUCAGCGAACUGCGCAUGGAGAAACUGGCGUUGCACGAUGUGCCCGCUGGUCGCAAGAAUGGAAAACGUUGUGUCAACGCCUCCACAUCGACAUCGUUUGCCGGCGGCGAUGGACCCUCGACAAGUGCUGCAGCUGCAGCAGCAGCGGCCGCAGCAGCAGCCGCCUCAUCCGGCGGCAUUGAUGAGAUCGAAAUGGAUUACAUUGAGUCGGUGGAGGAUGAGUUCAACAUUUGUGUCCCAGUGCCCAGCGGUGGUGCUUCGAAUAACAAGCGGCGUCUGCAGCGCAGCGAGACAUUGGCCCACGACUAUGAGGAUAACGAGGAGCAGGAGAAUCAGUUGCAGGUGCAGGUGCAUCUCGAGCAGCAGGUGGAGGAGGAUCGAUUGCAGCGCCAGAAGAAGGCAGCCGAGACAGGUGCGGUGCCCAAGACGACCAAUGUUUGAUUCUGAUGGUCACAGAUGUUUGCCAAGCGCAAGAAGCCAUAAGAAAUGCGAAUGGAUUUGGCCUGGCAGCACUACAACAACAACUACAACUACAACGUAAGCCAAUAAUCAACACACACACACACCAAAAAAAGAGGAAAAAACUAAAGUCUAGCAUAGAGAUAUUGUACAUUCAUUGCGCAUUCGAGAUGAGUAUUCAGUUUCGGUUUCAAGGAGGCGACCUCCGACACAGUUCCAUUAGCUCUCCCUGCUCCCGCCCCCCAUUUAAGAACCCCCCAACAUCAUGUCCUGUUUCGCGAAAGGAACAAAAGCAUAUGGCGCAUUAUAUAACUAGCAGAAAGUAGAAUUUAAGCAACCUGACGACACAAACUAAGGGAGGGAAAGGGAAAGAGCAGGUCGAGAAAAAGGAUAAAGCAUAUAGCAUAACUACUUGUCAACUUGUCGAUCGAAAAAAAAAAGUCAGGUCAGUGGCACACCAAAGUGUUUUAGUUAUUGAUAGAAGUUUAGCAACAACAAAAAAAAAGAAAACACAAAAAAAAAGGAUUUGGCGCUAAACGACUCUAAUUGGCUCAUGUCAAUAAUAGAAUGCAUUGCAAUUGUAAUUGCAAUUGCAUUUCAAAUUGAAAUUGGAAAUUGAAAAUGGAAAAUGGUAAAUUGAAAAAAAUGGACCAUUGGGAAUUUGAAAAUCGAACGUUGACAUUUGCGUGAACAGCGAUUGCAUUUGGAAUUGGAAUGUCAAUCAAAGAAAUAGUAAAUAGAUAUUAAUCCGAAACAAACGAAAAAAGUGAAGAAUACAAACUACGAGUAUACAAUGAUAUUAAUCAACUAUAUACUACCAUAUAUACGAAAUAACUUAUUCGAUAUUUGGAUCGAUAAUGGCAAAGCAGCGUAAAUGAAAAACAAAAGUAUUUUAAAUAUAUCUACACAUACAGCAUACCACUAACUAAUUAUAUAUCGAUGUAUACCCACAAAUAGUUCAAUGAAAUUGACGUUAAUAUUGAUGUGCAAAUACUAUACAAUAUACAAUAUACAACAAAUAUUGAAAAAUCAUAUGCAAUAUACAUAUACACUAUAUAAAUGUAAUUCGAUGUAGCGAAACAAUAUUCAGUAUACACACAACUUUUAAAUGGAUCGAUAUCGAUAAGCCAUAUAAGGUAUAUUCAUAGUAUAACAAACAUAUUCAAUUAUCAAGAUAUCACAUAUGCUAUUCGAUUAUUAUUGCGCAUACUUUCUUAUAGAUCAGAUAUCGAAAUAAUUCAAACAAUAUUAAUAAUCGAGUUUUUAACAAAGAACAACAACAACAAAAUGCCCUUGCAGAUCGUCCUUAAGAACAACACCAAAAAGAACAAACAACAAACCUGAACAUACAAUAUAUACGAUAAUAGCCAGUGACUGAAAAGUCUUAUGAAGAAAACAUCCUCGAGUCCAAUUAUUUCUCAAAAUGUUUCCCCGCUAUAGGAUAUACAUAUAGAAUGUACUAUAGUUUUUGUGUGUAGGGUUUUUUUCUUCCGAUAUUUAAUUGCUGUUCUCAACGCCAACGUUUCUGCUGAUCAGCUGAGUUCACAUAGACACAGUUUUUCGUAUGAUACAGUUAACUGGUUUUUGAUAGGUGGUAAACAAAUACUAAUUUAAGAUGAUGCUAGAUUCAACAUUGUAUGCUUAAGAUAGCCAUACAGCAUCUGGUUAAAGUUAAGCAAAUGAAUUACUUUGGUAAAUUAAUGCACCAACACUCUCUGCUGUAACUUUAUCUUUAAUGAUGUACGAGAGUAUUCGUAUUAUACUCUUAUAUAGAGUAUAUUUGCCAGCAAGCAGAACAUUUGCAUGAGUAUCGACGACGAAUACGAUUUUUAACUUUGAUAGGCUUUGCACAUGAAGUUAAGUAUUUAGGAAUUCAAGAAUUUUUGCGGUUUCACCUGAAAAUGUAUUUACAAAAAAAGAAAAAAUUAAAAUUGCCUCUGACGAUAACAUAUCUGUGAGUUUUCCUAUACAAUUUUCCACGCGUUUUUUUUUUUCAAUUUGAUUUUUGCAAUUCGAUAAAGAAAUGUGGAAAUAAUGAUUGGAAAGUUGAGCACCCUUGUGGUUUCUAGUUCACAAACUAAUUAAACAGUAUUUGCAAACGCUAAAAUUGCAAAUAUUAUUAAUGUAUCAGCGUUAAGUUAAAUACAGAUUGCAUGAAUUAAACCAUGCUCUGCAAUUAGCGGCAGUCACCACAUCGAGGCCGACACAAAAGUAAUCAAAAAAAAAAAAAAGAAAACAAAAAUACAAAUACAAAUAAUUUGAUGUUAUCUUUGAUAUAUAAAACGAAUAGAAAUGCGAGAACACUUUCGAUUGCGAAUAUUUCUAAUCGUACGUAAGAUUGAAAGUAUUUAUUGAGUUAUGCAUUUGUAAAUGCAUUUGAAUGUGUGCAUGAGACUGAAUGUGAAUACUUGCAUGAUAAAAUCGAAUGAAUGUGUUUGAAUGUUAGCAAUGCUUGUGGGCGCAUGUGUUUAAGAAUGUGACAGUAUGAAUGCCAAUAUUGAAAAACAAACCGAAAAAUCGUACAUGAAUAAGAUAAUAUGUUAAUACCAAAGAAAAAAAAUGACUAUGAAUGUGAAAAAUGCAAACGAAUGUGAAUAAUAAUAUGACUAUAUAAGAAAUAAGAUGGCUUUGAGUAUUGGCAUAACUUAAAAUAUGAAGAUAUAUAUUGUAAUGCAUAUGCAGCAUAUUACGAAUAUGAAUACGACUUUGAAAUGAAUACAAUUAUGAACUAUGUAUGACCAUGACUAUGAAGACACAAAUGAAUAUGAAUAUAGUGACUAUGAUUAUGAAUAUCAAUAUUAAUAUACAUCCACACACACUCUGACUACAAAGUAGACACAUAUUAGAUACAUUCGUGUUAAAAGAAGAUGCAUUGAUAUGUAAUACUACAUCGCAACAUCGUAGCUGAUUAAGACGAUCUCCGCCCGUAAACAAAAGACACCUGAUAUGCCAACGAAAGCAGAUGAAUUGUGGAUGAUAAUGAUGAUAUGCCACAUUUUAGUAACCAGCAAUUGAUUGAUUCAUAUACACAUAUAGUACUAUAUAUAAUAUAUUCAUACUCACAAAUACAAAAACAUAUAUGCAUAUGUACUGAAUACCAAAUGGUGAAAUGAAACAAUGAAAGAGAAGGGAAACCUACUCGACAUUAUUUCGAUGCGAUGAGUGAUUCGUCCACUCAUUCAUUCGUGCAUUCAUUCAUGAAUUCAUUCAUUCAUUGGUUAGACACUAGUAACAUACUAUGCUAUGGAUUUUAAAUGUGUUUUUUCUAGACUCUAAGCAUAUUUGCAACUAAAUGUUCAUGUACUUAGUAUAAAUGUGUGCAAUAUGCAUAUUUAUGUCUAGUGUUAAAGCGAAGCAGCUGUCAUGAAUUUAUGGUCAACAAAAGGACUAGUCAGUUAAAACUAUAUUCAAGAUGAUUUAUGCAACUGAAUGGCCAAACAUUCAUUGGUCUUACAUGUCAACACAAAAAUAUCUGUACUCUCAAUUUACCCGAAAAUAUUCAACAUACAAACAAGAACAAAAUUAUAUUAAUUAAGGCCAUAAAGUAUUUCAAAUAUGAACUAAAAACAAAAAACAAAAAAAUGAAACUAAAACAAAAAACUGAAUGUGAUGCAUUUCUCUGAGGACACAGAAAAAAAUAUAAAAAAACAAGAGCUAAAACUAUUUAGUAUGACUAUAUUAACUCUUAACACCCCAAAUACUAUAUACAUUCAUAUAUAUAUACAUAUAUAUAUAUAUUCGUAUAUACAUAUAUAUAUACAUGUAUAUGGAUAUAUCAGUGUAUCUGAAAUUAUAUGUGUAUUAAAUGUAUUUAGCUUAAGGCUCAUCAAAACUCAUCAAUGUUUCAUCUAGGGAGCUGGACUCUUAUAAUUCAAAAUGUUUUAUUCCCCCUCCAUCUGUGUAUUUUUUCUCCCCAUUUUUUUCAUUGUUGUUAUUUUUUGUUUUUGUUGUUGGCUUUAAACUGGAUGGGAUUUGAUUAAUGAAUGUCUGGGGUUUAUGCAAUAUAUAGGAAGCACGUCAUCAAGACCAUCCAAAGAAAAACAUCGUGAAAUAAAUGUUAAACAUAAAAUAAUACAAAUCCUGCCUUGUGUUUAUGUUACAACAGCAAAAGUCACAGCGGGCGUUCCAAAAAUAUUUGCGUACCAUCUAAAUUUGGACCAUUAACGAAUUGUAACUGAAUGUGAUGCAAGAGCAGUGCUUACAGCAGGACUUGGCAUUCGUCCUUAGGGAGCCGAUGCUACGACUGUUAAAUAGUAGUUGGCAGCACUGUUCGUUAACAGUUGUCCGAAAGCUUUUCGGAGUACUAACAGCAUGAUGGACCGGUUGUAAGGCUCGCUUUCAAAGUUUAAAGCUCUAAACGGUCAGCUUAAAAGCUUACUGGUUAAAGCACUUGUCGAAGCAUACAGUGGAAUGCAAAUUGUAGAGCGGAAACAACAUUCAAGAGCGUGUGAACAUGCUCUAUUAUUCUUGUC